AUGGGGGUGGCCGGCUUCUCCCUGAAGUGGAAGGUGCUGACCGAGGACUCGCUGGGCGCGCCCACGAGGCCCGGGAUGAUCCGGCCUGCGGGCGGUGCGGACUACCGGCUGGUGGCGCAGCAGGACGCACCCGAGGAGGAGUUCGGGACCGCCGGCGACCCCAGCCACGCCGCCGAGGACAGAGACGCGUGCGACGAUGACGACGAGCCGGACGAGUCGGAGCCACUGAUACCCCGGGACCUGUUCUCUCAACCCGGUUUCCGGUGA